UAUUGAUACCGAUCACAUUACAUUGAAAACAAGCAAAUUUUUGUAUUAUUUUGUGAAAAUUAAGCAAAUAUCAGAAUGAACAUGAAACGAAAUACUCAGUUAUUCGAUUUAUAUUGGGAAGAUAUAUUAGUGUCCAAAGUUCUCCCCCAUCUUACUCUACGGGACUGCUUUAAUUUUCGCUGCGCGUCCAAAACUUGCUUACAAAUCAUAAACAUAUACUUUACCAAGUUGAAAUCUUUGAAAUUGAUGAAUAAAGGGUUUUCACCGCACACCUUCAACGUCUUCUCUUUAACAUGUACAAGACUAAAUGUGUUGAAUCUGAGUAAAUGUUUGACAGUAACGGAUUCAGACCUCAUUCCUCUAUUACUACGUAAUCCAGACUUAGUGAAUUUGAACUUGAGCCAGUGUAAAAACUUAACUGCCAAGUGUUUGCAGCCUGUUAUUUUGUAUUGUAAUAAUUUGAUAACGCUGAAGCUUACGAGGUGUUCAUGGCUGACUACAGGUGCCAUAGAAGCGCUAGCACUACACCAAAGCAAGUUGGAAGAUGUGGACCUUUCCUACUGUCUGUGUAUCUCGGAGAGUAGCAUCCUAGUAUUCAUUAAGAAAUUCAAACACUUGAAAACUUUAAGUUUUGAGGGUAAUAAGCAAAUUACAGAUAGAUGCCUGUAUGCUAUAUCUAAAUAUAGUACUUCGUUAAGACUUCUCAAUUUGGGUGGUUGUUCAGAAAUUACUGAUAAAGGUAUUAGAGCUUUAGCAUCGCACAGUAAAAAGCUGGAAGGACUGCUUGUGCGAGGCUGUACAAAAGUCACAGAGAAUAGCCUCAAACUGCUGAGGAGUAAGGUGCAACUCGACAGGAGACCUCUAGACCCUCUGCCACUGCCACUAUAUGUUCAGAUUUAAGACCUCUUUUGGGGUAAAACUUGUGAUUAUAUUAUAAGUUGUUAAAUGUUGAAAAUGUUGUGGCCUGGUGGUUUACCAUGACUUACACCUAUAAGGUUGUGAGUUCGAAAUCUGGCUGACGCCAAAAAUAGAAUCUUUGUUGUCAAUUUAUAUUUCUGACUCUCUAAAAUCAAUAAAAAAUUAAUUUAUUCAUUCAGAGAGAGUGAUUGAUUGAUCACUGCCAUGUUAUAUAAAUAUACUUUAGGUAUGUCAGUUUUCAUUCAGCAUGACA